AUGCACACCAGGCUCCACGUAAAUCUGGCUUCACAGCUCCACAUGGAAAAGCUCCUCGCUCCUGUUUGCGACCGCGGCAGGACUCGAACCUGCAAUCUUCUGAUCCGAAGUCAGACGCCUUAUCCAUUAGGCCACGCGGCCACCCUGAAACAAGGCUUGCGCGAGCCCUAUAAGAAGUUGCAGCAGGACGCCGUUGCGUCGGUGGCUCCGGGAGAUUUUGGAAGAACCUGGGCAUCCUCAUCUGGGUCCUCUGCAGGUCUCCUGCUUCAGGACAAUACUGGUGCUCCUCUCAAAGAGCAGCGCAUGAAUCCUCUUGGCAUCCAGAUGCUCUCCAAGGGUCUUCAUGAACAGAUUUUUCGGGGUGCUCAAGUUCAUUAUUCAGAUGAAGACAUUCAGAAGAGCAUAGAACACUUGCAGAAACAUGACUUAUGGGGCAAAGAAACAUCCACCAUUCCUGAUGUGGAAUUGCAGCUUCCCCAGAUGUAUGGAGCCAACAUAGAUGAACACUUCUGCAUCUUGGCCCAGAAGCAGAGCCUUCCCUAUCUGGAGGCUGCUAAGGAGCUUAUCCAGCAGGAGAUCCCACCGAUGCCCACAGAAUGGGCUUGGGAAGUAGGAUGGACCCAAUAUGGACCCGGUGGGGAGAGGAGAACAGUGGACUUCCCUGAUGAGCGAGCCUUGGUCUUUGAUGUGGAGGUGUGCAUGGAAGAAGGGCAUUGCCCCACACUUGCAGUAGCUCUUUCAUCAAAUGCUUGGUAUUCGUGGUGCAGCAAGCGUCUGCUAGAACAACGCUAUAGCUGGUCUAGCCAGCUGGGUCUGUCUGAUCUCAUCCCCCUGGAAUACAGCAGCACCUUAAAAAAGCAGAAUGGGCCAGAGAGGCUGGUGGUCGGCCACAAUGUCUCCUUUGACCGUGCUCACAUUAAGGAGCAAUACUUGGUCCAGGGAUCCCAAAUGCGAUUCCUGGACACGAUGAGCAUGCACAUGGCUAUCUCAGGACUGACCGGCUUCCAGCGCAGCCUUUGGAAGGCAGCCAAGCAGGGCAAGGGGAGAGGGCAACAACAGGUCCAGCGACACAUUAAGAAGACGCACAGCAAAGGCAAUGGACCCAUGAUUACCUCCUGGAACUGGGUGAACAUCAGCAGCAUCAACAACCUGGCAGAUGUACAUUCCCUCUAUGUUGGAGGCCAGACAUUGCAGAAAGAAGCCCGCGAACUCUUUAUCAAGGGCAGCAUGAAUGAUAUCAGGAAUAGCUUCCAGGAGCUGAUGAAUUACUGUGCCCUUGAUGUUCAGGCUACUUAUGAAAUAUUCCAGGAACAGCUUCCUCUUUUCUUGCAAAGAUGUCCACAUCCUGUGACUUUUGCAGGUAUGCUAGAAAUGGGCGUUUCUUACCUACCUCUUAAUCAGAACUGGGUGAAGUACCUGGAUGAAGCUCAGGUCACUUAUGAGGAGCUGCAAAAAGAGAUGAAGAAGUCCUUGAUGAACUUGGCAGAUGAUGCUUGUCAACUGCUUCAUGAGGAGAGGUACAAAGAUGACCCCUGGUUAUGGGAUCUGAAGUGGGACCUCCAACAAUUUAAGCAAAAGAAAAUGAAACCAAGUGGGAAGAAAGAGGAAGAUGUGAAUGAAGAGCCACCCAAAAUAGUGGGAAAAGCCUCUCUGCUGGAGUGGCAGGAAGAUCCUGGUCCUCCAACCGAAGAAGAAGAGCAAAGCCUCCCUGCCAGCCAACUGGCUCUUCAGAGUCUAAAGGAGACCGUGGCUCUGCAGCCAAAGAGAAUUCAGCAUCUCCCUGGCCAUCCAGAGUGGUAUCGCAACCUGUGUCCACGGCUCAAUGAUCCUAGUUGGGCCCCUGGACCCAACCUUAUCAGCCUUCAAAUGAGAGUGACUCCAAAGCUCAUGAGGCUCACCUGGGACGGCUUUCCAUUGCACUACUCUGAGAAACAUGGCUGGGGCUACCUGGUGCCAGGAAGGAAGGACAACCUGUUAGAGGAUGGUCCAGAUGCUGCAUCACCCACCUGCCCCUUCAAGGCUAUAGAACAUCUGUAUCGGGAAUAUUGCAAGGAGAAAGGCAAGGAGCAACCAGUUUCUCUCGACGGCUACCUAGAAGAAGAGUUCUUAACGGAAAAUGGUGAUUUUUGGGAAAAGCUUGAGUUGCUUGGCCAUCUGGAGGUGGAUACGGACAUGGAUCCUGUAACCAGAGAACUGAGGCAGGAGGAGAUGGAAUCGGGAAAGAGUUCGCCUGAAUAUCACCAUGGCAACGGACCUUACAAUGAUGUCAAUAUACCUGGGUGCUGGUUUUUUAAGCUGCCUCACAAAGAUGGCAAUGCCAGCAAUGUGGGAAGCCCAUUUGCCAAGGAUUUCUUACCCAAGAUGGAAGAUGGCACCCUAAAAGCUGGAAUAGGAGCAGCAGAUGGGACACAUGCUUUGGAAAUCAACAAGAAAAUCUCCUUCUGGAGAAACGCCCAUAAACGCAUCAGUUCACAGAUAGUGGUGUGGUUGAAGAGAGGAGAACUGCCACGAUCUGUGACUAGGCAUCCAGACUAUGAUGAAGAGAAUGAUUAUGGAGCCAUCUUGCCACAGGUGGUGACUGCUGGAACAGUAACUCGACGAGCUGUGGAGCCCACUUGGCUGACAGCCAGCAAUGCCAGGACUGACCGGGUGGGCAGUGAGCUGAAAGCUAUUGUCCAAGCCCCUCCUGGCUACCAUCUGGUUGGAGCUGAUGUUGAUUCCCAAGAACUUUGGAUAGCAGCUGUCUUGGGUGAAGCCCAUUUUGCUGGCAUGCAUGGUUGCACUGCUUUUGGCUGGAUGACGCUUCAAGGGAAGAAAAGCAACGGCACCGACUUGCACAGCAGGACGGCCUCCGCGGCGGGGAUCAGCCGGGAGCACGCCAAGGUGUUCAACUACGGACGCAUCUACGGGGCAGGGCAGGCAUUCGCCGAGCGUCUCCUCAUGCAGUUCAACCACCGCCUGACAGAACAGGAGGCCAGCGAGAAGGCCCGGCAAAUGUAUGCUGUCACGAAGGGAAUCCGACGCUGUCACCUCUCUGAGGAGGGGGAAUGGCUAGUGAAACAACUGGGCAUCCCAGUAGAAAGAGCUGAAGACGGCUCCCUAGACUUGCAAGAUGUGCGGCGGAUACGACGAGAGGGAACGAAACGAUCUCGUGGGAAGAGGUGGGAUGUGGUACGCCAGCGAGUGUGGGCCAGUGGGACAGAGUCUGAAAUGUUCAACAAACUGGAAAGCAUCGCCAUGUCGGAAGCACCAAGCACCCCAGUGCUCGGCUGCCGCAUCUCUAGAGCAUUGGAGCCAGCGGCUGUCAAGGGUGAGUUUGUGACCAGCAGAAUAAAUUGGGUAGUCCAGAGUUCAGCUGUGGAUUAUCUGCACCUGAUGCUUGUAUCUAUGAAAUGGCUCUUUGAGGUAUUUGACAUUGACGGGCGUUUUUGCAUCAGCAUCCAUGAUGAAGUGCGCUACCUGGUCAAGAGCGAGGACCGCUACCGAGCAGCACUUGCCCUACAGAUCACAAACCUCCUCACACGAUGUAUGUUUGCCUAUAAACUCGGCCUUCAGGAUCUGCCUCAGUCAGUGGCCUUUUUUAGUGCAGUGGAUAUUGACCAUUGCUUAAGGAAAGAGGUGACAAUGGACUGUGUGACCCCAUCUAACCCAGGAGGACUGGAACAAAGAUACAACAUCCCCCAAGGGGAAGCUCUGGAUAUAUACAAACUCAUCAAAAUAACCAAAGGUUCCUUGGAAAAAGGAAAAUAAAGUUUGAGUUUAGAAGGUAAUUGGACACUUUGUCCCAGUGGAAUCCUGCAGAAGGAAUCUCUUGAAUGUGGACACCUGCUUUUUCUUUUCACUCCAAAAUAAGAGAAAAACAGGCAUCUCUGAGGACUGUGGCUCCUGAGGCCAAUCUCUGGCAUUGCCCAGGUAGACUAGAGACCAAAAGAAAAAGUUCCUAAGUUAAUGUGCCUUACUGCGAUAGGCCAGAACAGAUCAUCAACAGGCUACUGAACGUGCAAGCAUUCAAGGUUUUAUGUGCAGUGGAUAUGGUGAAGAAAUACUUUUCUACUAUACUGUAGAUUAAUUAAAGAAGAUGGUCUCCUUGUGGAUGUUAAAACUCUGCGAAAUAGCCAUUUGAGAAGAAACAAGGCAGCUCUUAUUUUUUUCGUCUCUUCUUUUUGGGUUCUCUGCUGGUGUUUGAUUGGGCAGAUGCAAUGCUCUGGAAGAAAUAGAAACAGCCCAUUGGAAAAUCCAUAACACUGGCCAGUGAACUACUGAAAUAGUGCAAGCUGCAUAAUCUGCUAACUAACCAAACUAGUUACCUCUGCUAUAACAUCUCGCCCAAAUAUUUUGGGGUUUUUUUGCCUUUGUCAACAUAUGUUUUAAGGAAAGAAACAGAAGAGAACUAUGGUAAGGAUGGACAGCCCACAACAAAAUGUUUCAGGAUUUUUUUUUUUUUUUUUAAUGAAAAGUGCUCAUGAAA